CGGCUCCGCUCCGGCCGCAGUCGGAGCGUCGGUCCCGGGCGGAGCGGCAGGAUGAGCGGAGGGGGAGAGCUGUUUCUGUGGCUGAGCUGCGUGUGUUGUGUUGUUGUCGUCACCUCCAGCAUGUUGUCUCAUGUGGAGCAGUACGAAGUGGUUCGACCAAUCAGACGGUCCCACAGACGGAAGAGGAGCCUGGAGGACGACCAGCUUCAUCCUGACAGAGUUCAGUACGAUUUGAUCAUCGAAGGACAAAAUCUCACAAUCCAUCUGGAAAAAAACAGAGAUCUGAUCGGGAAAAGCUUCACUGAAACGUAUUAUUUAGAAAACGGGAGACGAGUGACGACGUCUCCGAACCAGGAGAACUGUUUCUAUCACGGUCACAUCGAAGGCGUGUUCGACUCCUCGGUCAGUGUGGGGAUUUGUUCGGGCAUCAGCGGUUUCCUGAGGGCCCGGCGGCAGGUCUACCUGAUCGAGCCUCUGGGGCGCUCCGAGGACGGCGAUCAUGCCGUUUACAGGCGGGAGCACCUGAAGGUGGGCGGCUCGGCCCGAUGUGGCUCGGACUCGUCCAACACGACUGUCCAGCUGGACCAGGAUCGGGGACCUCGGCUCGCUGGACUCUUCAGGUCCAGAUCCUGGAAAAGCAAACCGGCGGCCGGUCCGCAGAGGUUCGUGGAGCUCUUCGUGGUCGUGGAUCACACCGAGUUUAAACUCUACGGCGGAGAAACCAAGUCCAGGAUCCUGGGAGUGGUGAACCAUGUGGACAAGCUGUACCGACCUCUGAACAUCCGCAUCAUCCUGGUGGGUCUGGAGAUCUGGACCCAGGAGGACUUCAUCGAGGUGGACAUCGACUCAGAGACCACGCUGGAUAACUUCCUGACGUGGCGCCAGACCGACCUGCUGAAGAGGAUCAAACACGACAACGCGCAGUUCGUGACAGGGAAAGACUUCGAUGGAGACACGGUGGGACUUGCCAAUAAGUUCGCCAUGUGCACCGAAAACUCGGGAGGAGUCAAUCAGGAUCACCACGACAACCCCGUGGGCCUGGCCUCCACCAUCGCUCACGAGAUGGGCCAUAACUUCGGGCUGUCCCACGACGCCGCCGGCUGCGUGUGCGGCCCGUCGUACAGCAGCGGGAACUGCGUGAUGGCCGACAAGCUCAGGACAGGAAGCCAGGUGUUUCCUGAGUUCUUCAGCGGCUGCAGCAUGGACCAGCUGACCGAGUUCAUGGCUCGAGCUCAGCCCGCCUGCCUGCAGUGGCCCGGCUCGGUCCGGACCGUGCCGACCGGGCCGCGCUGCGGGAACGGCCUGCUGGACGCCGGGGAGGAGUGCGACUGCGGCACAGUGGAGGAAUGCAACAAUCUCUGCUGCGACGCGUCGACCUGCCAGCUGGCCGAAGGAUCGCAGUGCGCUCACGGACAGUGCUGCGAGGACUGUCAGCUGAAGGCGUCCGGGAGCGUGUGCAGGAGGUCGGCGGGCGACUGCGACCUGCCGGAGUAUUGCACCGGGGAGUCGCAGGACUGUCCAGCCGACAGCUUCGAGAUGAACGGGAAGCCCUGCUACAACCAGGCGCCGGGUUUCUGCCACGACGGCCGCUGCCCCACACGAGAGCAGCACUGCUGGAGGCUGUUCGGACCAGGGUCCAGGGUGGGCUCAGAAAAGUGUUUUGACCUGAACCGACGGGGCGAGGAAGGCGCCAACUGUGGCAGGAACAGAUUUGGUUUCACGCCCUGUUCUCCAGCGAAUCUGAAGUGCGGGUCUAUAUUUUGUGAGGGAGGGGGCGAGUCCAUCACAGGGAAACGGGCGGCGUACACCCUGCUGGGCACCGAGUGCAGGCUGGCUGUGGACGACGACAAGUCCAGGAACAUCGAUAUGGUUCCCAACGGAGCCAAAUGUGGCCCAGACAAGGUUUGCCUGAACCACAAAUGUGUGGAUGUCGCAGUUUACGGGAAGAAGGAGGAGUGUUCAAAGAAGUGCAACAACAACGGGGUGUGUAACCACAACAAGGAGUGUCACUGUAAUCCUGGCUGGGCUCCACCGUACUGCGCCGUCCAGUACGCCGACACAACCCAAGGCCAGACCGGGAUCAUAGCCGGAAUGUGCGCCGCCGUCUCCGUCGUCCUGCUGGUCGCCGCGCUCAUCACGGGCCUCAUGUGCUGCAAGAAGAACGGCGCCGACAACUACGCCUCCAAGAGCAGGAAGGUGCACUCGGCCCCUGGGAGGCUCAACCCCGUGUUCCGGGAGUCCAGUGUGAAAGACCGGCCCCAGAUCAGCCAGCCCACCUUCAUGGCGUCCACGGCCACGCAGGCCUGCAUGCCGCUCAUGGUCACCGUGACCCCCAGCCGACCCCCGCCACAGCCUCCACAGAAACCGUCCACAGCGGCGCCGCCGCCAGAACCCGAGCCGAACAAACCUAUACCUCCACCCAAGCCUGUAUCUCCUUGUAAACCUCUGCCGGCUCUGAAUAAACCUCAGGCGAUCAAACCGGCGCCGCCUCCUGUACCUCCGGUCAAGCCCAGUCCUGCUCCUCCAGCCCGGACCAAGCCAGUGUCUCCUCCCGUCCCCCCCGCCAAGCCCAAGAUCCACAGACCCGCGUGAAGUUCUCAGCGGCAGCAGCUUGGGGUUGGACGCAGCCCGAAGAGCUGUGCUGCGGGUUUCCCCGGGGAAACGGAACGCCGAGGAGCAGAGGACGGCGAGGCGAGCCGAGCUGUGAAGCUCCUACGAGGUGCAAUCGAAAGGUCGGCGAGGAGGUCACCGUGCUGAGGGACAUCGACCACGCGUGCUUCAUGCAGUGGUGACUGCACGCCCAGUGGUUCCCAACCUGAGGUCCACCCUCAGUGGGACAGCUGUGGUCAACGGGACAAACUGCUCUUUUAUUUUGAAGAGUCCUGCUUCGGUAUGUUGGCUCAUGGAAUCCAGCGGAUCAAAGUGUGGAAACUGGUUCUCUGCUUUUCUGGAAGAAAAUUUGUUGGUUUUCCAAAGAACAUAAAGGUUGGGAAUCAGAAAUGCAGAGCAAUGGUUUCCAACGUGUGGUCCAGGACCCUUUGGAGGGUCCACGAUAGAAAUCCUUUUCCAUGUUCAAAACGGGCGAGUCUUCAGAGGGACGUUUUUAUUGAUCCGAGACCAGAGGAAGGAGGACCGUGGUCUUUCUAGCUCCAGAGAACAAUCGAUGAACGACCAAAGAUCAACCUUCUGAUGGAUUCAUGAUAGAAAGUGGAUGGUUCUCUGUGAAGAGAUCUGGACUUUAAAGAUAAAAAGAGUUCUGCUGGGGAACCCGGCGCGAUCUGCCUCUGCUUCAGGUUCCGAUCAGGCCUCCAACCUUCCGAUUGCACCUCGUUGGAGCCAGAGCACUGAACUGCUCAUUUACACAUCCUUUGGAAUAUUUAUUGAUGUUUUUGUAAGGGACUGUCGGGAAAUGAUUUCCAGGGUUAUUUAUUAUUCUUUCUCUGUUUUCUCAGCUCAGAUGUCUUGUUUGCUUUUACUCAGACGCUGUGAACUUGGUUUGUUUCAGUGGAGAUAAUUGUCUGAUGAGUGGCUUUCACUUGAUUUUUUUCAGUUAAUAAUGUGAAAAAGAAAUCUUUUGACAAAACUACAGAUACUUAUCUCCUCAAACUGAAGGUCUGCGAUCCGUCACGGAGUUUCAAACCAUUAUCCACAUUCUCAGUGGGAUUCUUUUUAAGAUUAGCUUCUAAGAAAACGCCAAAUGAAAAUACUAGAAAGAAAUGAGCCACGUCCACACGCGCUCUGGUUUGGGCCUCCACCUUUGUCUUUUGGGGUUUCUGAGGGUUUUUACCAGCAUCACGCCGAGUUUUCUCUCACUUUAUCGCAGCAGCUUGACAAACAUCUGUAACUGAGCAGCAUGAAACCAGCCGGCGAGAGCAAAAACCGAGCUAAAAUUCAUCAAAUAAGUUCAGUUUAAAGAUGGACGCACAAAUACUUCCAAGAACUGUUUGCGAUGCUUCAGAGUUUAAAAAGAAUUUCAAUUGAGCUCAUUUUAUUGGCUUCAGAUUGUGAAUGUCUCAAAGGUUCACUGAAGCUCACAGUAACUUCCCCUCAUAUCCGAUUCUUUUCUCGUUCUUCGUUCUUUGGUGCAGAAGUUUCUAGACCAAAGUCUGUAACAGAGCCCAUGAACGCAGUCGAAGAUUUAAAAUCUUCCUCAGGAGGGGGUGGAGACCAAGAACAGCAAAUACUCAAGCAAAAACAACUUGAAAUGCUCGUCUCUGCUGUUUCAGGGUGUCGAAAGAAAUCAAAUCCCUGCAGCGUUUCGUUGGCUCGGAGAACCAACACAAAACCAUGACUUCAUCUCUCAGAUAUUAGAGGGGGUGGAAUCCUCCGCCAGAAGUCACAACGCAUGCAAAAACUCUGCAAGUGUCUUUCUAGUCUUCUGGAAGUGUGUGUGUGUGUGUGUGGAGAUAACAGAGUUUUGCUUCCAUCCCGGGGGAGAGGGCGUGUGUGUUUGUGUGACGAGCAGACGCUUGUUUUACUGCACUGAUAUUUCAUGACGUUGGUGAAAAUCGUCCAGAAUGUGGAGCCUUUGUGGAAUUCAUGUUUCUUGUUGCAGUGAAUAAAGCAAACUCCGUCUCCUCCCUGC